AUCGCCUCUACUCACCGAACAUGCCGCCCGCAUCGACCUCGUCAACCCGCGCGCUUAACGCAAUCCUGCCUCUUGUAGCAGCGGGCCAGCCCUACGAGGCACAUCAGAAGGCGCGCACGUUCGCCGCGCGCUACGUCAAGUCGGGCCAGCACGCUACUGCGAUCGAUGUGCUCUUCCAGUCCGCGCGCGAGCUGUUCAAGAUCGGGCAGCAGGGGUCAGGCACAGACCUCACGGUGUUCUUGCUGGACACCUAUGAGACGGGACAGGUGGGCGUGGAUGAUGAGUCGAGGGGAAGACUCACGCAGUUGAUUGCGCUCACUGGAUCGUCUGGAUCGUGGAGGAAACAAGUCAUUGAUCGGUCGAUAGCAUGGUCUGCAAAGGCAGGCCCAUGUCCAGCAGGUGACCAGGACUUGCAACACUAUGCUGGAGAAGUGUUGUACAAAGAUGGCAUAUUCGACGAGGCUGAACCACACCUUCUCGCUUCUGGCAAACGCGAUAGCGCCAGACUGCUCGCCGAGAUGUUCGUCCAAUGGUCUGCAGACAGCGACGCAUCCGUCGCCGGCGCGUUCGCCCUGCGCGGCACGAUCCCAUACCUCCAAAACGGCAACAUCCUCGCUGCACGCACGUUCAUCACUACCUUUGUCUCUGCCGUCCUCGCCGCGCGCCCUAGUCUAGUUUCCAAGCUACAGUCCGAAUCUCUCAGUGUGCCCGCAGAUGACGACACGAGCGAGGUGCGCUUCUGCGCCGACCCGCUGCUCAACUUCUGCCAGCUCGCCGUGCUCGCGUGCCAACGCGCAGACGGCGAGCGAUCCCGCGCUGCGCGGGAGAACUGGGUCAAGCUGUGCGGGACGUAUCAGAGCCGCGGGGGCGUGCUGGCCAGCGGGGACGUGAGGGUGGCUCUGAACGAGAUUGCGCAGCUUUACUUUGGUAUCGCCGCUCCUCGCUCGCAGUCGGAGAACCCGCUCGGCGCGAUGCUUUCCUCGAUGCUUGGUGGCGGUCCACCAGGAGGAGGGGCUCCCCAGCGCCGGAUGCUUGCACCCGUCCGAGGACGGCUGGAUGCACCUGGACUUGACUGAUUUGCACAUACGUUUUUGGAGCUCGCAUUUUGAGUAUACAUGCUUUUCUCGGUCUUACAAGAGGGUUUUGCUUUCGGCGCAUUGAUGUCAUGUAAUGGAGCUUUGUAUCACGAGAAUGAUUAAGGAAGUUUUCA